CUACGUGAUAUCUACAAAGCUGACAUUCUCUGAUCUGUCUGCGGGCUCGUCUGAGUCGUGGCGUCUGACUGAUGUGCGUGUGGAGACUUUUUUGACUUGGUGGUUUUUGCCAUGAAAAGCAGUAUCAGUCGGCUAAUCCUGACGCCACUUUCGGUUUUAGCCUAUGAUUGCGUAGAGUGGGUAGAGCAGAGCGGGGACCGAGGAGGAGCAGUGCCAACCUGGAACAUGGUGCCUAAUAUUUGCCCGCCAGUGCCCUUCCUGCCUAAUUGGCUGCCUCUCCUGCUUCUGCUGGGCUGCAUGGCGUUUUCCUCCCAGGCAGACAGUUUGCCAAGUUUCAUCAAGACUCCUGAGGACCAGACGGGAAUUUCUGGUGGCGUGGCGUCGUUUGUGUGCCAGGCCGGGGGGGAGCCCAAACCCCGGAUAACAUGGAUGAAAAAGGGGAAGAAAGUCAGCUCUCAGAGAUUUGAGGUGAUCGAGUUUGAUGAUGGCUCAGGCUCCGUCCUGCGCAUCCAGCCGCUGCGCACACACCGCGAUGAGGCCAUAUACGAGUGCACGGCCACCAACAGCGCCGGCGAGAUCAACACCAGUGCCAAACUGACCGUGCUGGAAGAGAACGAGAUUCCUCCUGGUUUUCCCAGCAUCGAUAUGGGUCCUCAGCUGAAAGUCGUGGAGCGGACUCGCACUGCCACCAUGCUCUGCGCCGCUGGCGGCCACCCCGACCCCGAAAUCUCCUGGUUCAAGGACUUCCUGCCCGUCGACAUCAACAGCAGCAACGGCCGAAUCAAGCAGCUUCGCUCAGGAGCUCUGCAGAUUGAGAACAGCGAUGAGUCGGACCAGGGGAAGUACGAGUGUGUGGCUAUGAACAGCGCUGGGACGCGAUACUCGGCUCCUGCCAACCUCUACGUCAGAGUGCGCCGCGUCCCGCCCCGUUUCUCCAUUCCGCCCAUGAACCACGAGGUGAUGCCUGGGGGCAGUAUAAAUCUGACCUGCGUGGCCGUCGGGGCACCCAUGCCCUACGUCAAGUGGAUGGUGGGGGAGGUGGAACUGACCAAGGAAGAGGAGAUGCCGAUUGGCCGGAACGUUCUGGAACUGACCAACAUCCGCCAGUCGGCUAACUACACCUGCGUGGCUAUUUCCUCUCUGGGCAUGAUCGAGACCACUGCACAAGUGUCAGUCAAAGCUCUCCCCAAACCUCCUACGUCGCUGACCGUGACGGAGACCACGGCCACCAGCGUCACUCUGACGUGGGACUCUGGUAACCCUGAGCCUGUCUCCUAUUAUAUGAUCCAGUAUCGCUCCAAAGCCACCGACAACAGCUUCCAGGAGGUGGACGGAGUGGCCACGACCCGCUACAGCAUCGGGGGCCUCAGCCCUUACUCGGAGUACGAGUUUAGGGUCAUGGCGGUCAAUAACAUCGGCCGAGGGCCGCCCAGCGACCCCGUGGAGACCCGUACGGGCGAGCAGGCGCCCUCCUCUCCGCCGCUCAGCGUCCAGGCCCGCAUGCUGAGCGCCAGCACCAUGCUGGUCCAGUGGGAACCUCCAGAGGAGCCGAACGGGCAGAUCAGAGGAUACAGGAUCUAUUACACCACCGAUCCGGACGCCCAGCUCAGCGCCUGGCACAAACACAACACCGACGACAGCCGACUCACCACCAUCUCCGGCCUCAUCACCGACGUCACCUACAGCCUCAGAGUGCUGGGCUUUACUUCUGUGGGCGAUGGACCUCCGUCUGACGUUCUGCAGGUCAAGACACAGCAAGGAGUCCCGGCGCAGCCGUCCGGUUUUGAAGCAGAAGCUGAACUGGACACGCGGAUCAUGCUGAAGUGGCUCUUGCCCGUCCAAGAACCGAUCACCAAGUACGAGCUUCAGUACUGGGAGGCCGGAUCAGAGAACAAGAUCCAUGUCACCUUCAACCCGGCUGGUUCCUACGCUGUAGAAGGCCUGAAGCCAGACACGCUGUACAAGUUCUCCCUGGCGGCUCGCUCCGAAAUGGGCCUCGGGGUCUUCACCAAGCCUAUUGAAGCCCGGACCGCUCAGUCCACCCCCUCCGCCCCCCCUCAGGACGUCCGCCUGGAGAGCUUGACCUCCACCAGCAUUAAGGUGAGUUGGGUGGCUCCGCCCGCGGCCAGUCGCCACGGCGCCAUCGUGCGCUACAGCGUUAGCUACCAGGCGGUGAGCGGAGAGGACACCGAGCGGCACGAGGUGAAGGACAUCGGGGCCGACGCCCUCAGCCACGUGCUGGAGGGGCUGGAGAAGUGGACGGAGUAUCAGGUGUGUGUGAGGGCUCACACUGACGUGGGCCCCGGCCCCGAGAGCCCACCCGUACGCGCCCGAACCAAAGAAGACGUGCCUGGCGCCCCUCCACGCAAGGUUGAGGUUGAGGCGCUGAACUCCACGGCCAUCCGGGUGACCUGGAAGCCGCCGCUGUCCGUAAAGCAGCACGGUCAGAUCCGAGGAUACCAGGUGAUUUUCUCUCGGCUGGAGAACGGAGAACCGCGAGGGCAACCACACAUCAUGGACGUGGCUCUUCCAGAGGCUCAGUGGAAAAUUGACGACUCUACGGAAUCUGAGGCCGUCAUCACCGGGCUGCUCUCAGAGACGUCCUACUCCGUUACCGUGGCAGCGUACACCACCAAGGGGGACGGAGCUCGCAGCAAAGCCAAAGUCAUCAAAACCACUGGAGCAGUGCCUGGCAAGCCCACCAUGAUCAUCAGCACCACGGUGGGCAACACGGCGCUCAUCCAGUGGCAGCCUCCUAAAGACAUGGUCGGCGAGCUGAUCGGCUACCAGCUGCGCUACAAGCGCGUAGAAGAAGAGGCCUUCACGGUACGGGAAUUCAGACGCAUGGACGACCAUUACACCGUCACGGGGCUGUACAAAGGCGCCACCUACAGCUUCCACCUGAGCGCGCGCAACCGUGCCGGCACCGGAGAGGAGCACGUGAAGGAGAUCAGCACGCAGGAGGACACUCCGAGCGGAUUUCCGCUGAACCUCAGCGUGGUGGGGCUGACCACCACCACCACACGGCUGACCUGGGAGCCGCCGGCCCUUUCAGAGCGAAACGGACGGAUACUCAGUUACAUGGUGGUCUACCGAGACAUAAACAGCCAGCAAAACAGCACCAAUCGCACCUCGGACACACAUAUGACGAUCCACGGCCUCAAACCGGACACGACGUACGACAUCCGAGUCCAGGCCUUCACCAGUAAAGGUGGAGGACCCAUCAGCCCCAGCAUCCAGAGCAGGACCAUGUCCACAUCACCUGCAUUCGCCACAAGUUUUGGUGUGAAAGCUGUGAUGAAAACCUCUGUUCUUCUGACCUGGGAGCUGCCUGAAAACUUCAAAUCCCAAGUGCCUUUUAAGAUCCUGUAUAAUCAGCAGAGCGUGGAGGUUCAGGGGAACAUGAAGAGGAAGCUGAUCACGGGCCUGAGGCCCGACACCAACUACUCCUUCGUUCUGAUGAGCCGAGGGAACAGCGCUGGUGGGCUUCAGCAGCAGGUGUCCAUCCGUACUGCCCCAGACCUUCUGAAGACCAAACCCUUCCUGCUCAAAACUGACCAAGCCAGUGCUGGAAAACUCACCAUCAACCUGCCCAGAGUGCCCACCACAGCGCCCGUCAGGUGGUACUACAUUGUGGUCGUGCCCAGUUCCCUGAUGUCCUCCCGCAGGUGGGAUAACCCUGACGAGAUGGAGCUUGAUGAGCUCCUGGAGGCCAGUGAGGGUCCUCUCCUGAGACGGAGACGUCGUCACUCUGACCUGUCCAGACCAUACAUCGCUGCCAAAUUGUCCUCACUGCCCGACACCUUCACCCUCGGAGACGAGAAGACAUACAAUGGCUUCUACAAUCGGCCCGUGCCUAACAACCAGCCUUACCAGUGCUUCGUCAUGGCUGAGCUGAAGGACCAGUACCUCCCAGCAGCGAAUGAGAAACAGCGGAUGUUCUCUGCCAGUCCGUAUUCGGACCCCAUCACGGUGGCCAGUGGAGGCAGUGUGUCGCGCAGUGUGGAGCAGCCGGAGAUGCUGUGGGUGAUGGGCCCGGUCCUCGCUGUGGUGCUCAUCGUCAUCAUCGUCAUCGCCAUCCUGCUGUUUAAAAGGAAAAGGGCGUCUCCCUUGCCUAAAGAUGAACAGCUGGGUGGGGUAAAGGACUCUCUGCUGGCCAACUCCUCCGAUCCUGUAGAAAUGAGGAGAAUCAACUACCAGACGGCAGGAAUGAGGGAGCACCCGCCCAUCCCCGUCUGCGACCUGGCCGACCACAUCGAGCGCCUCAAAGCCAACGACGGCCUCCGCUUCUCGCAGGAAUACGAGUCCAUCGAUCCCGGCCAGCAGUUCACCUGGGAGAACUCCAACAUGGAGGUCAACAAGCCUAAGAACCGCUAUGCUAACGUCAUCGCCUACGACCACUCCAGAGUCGUCCUGACCUCAGUGGACGCUGUUCCAGGUAGCGACUACAUCAACUCUAACUACAUCGACGGCUACCGUAAGCAGAACGCUUACAUCGCCACCCAGGGCCCACUGCCCGAGACGCUGAGUGACUUCUGGAGGAUGGUGUGGGAGCAGAGGACCAGCACCAUCGUUAUGAUGACCAGACUAGAGGAGAAGUCAAGAGUAAAGUGUGACCAGUACUGGCCUAUUCGAGGCACAGAGACUUACGGGAUGAUCCAGGUGACCAUGUUGGACACGGUCGAGCUGGCCACGUACAGCGUGCGCACUUUUGCGCUUUAUAAGAACGGUUCCAGCGAGAAGCGCGAGGUCAGGCAGUUCCAGUUCAUGGCCUGGCCGGACCACGGAGUGCCUGAAUAUCCGACCCCCAUCCUGGCCUUCCUGCGCAGGGUGAAAGCCUGUAACCCUCCGGACGCCGGGCCCAUGGUGGUGCACUGCAGUGCUGGAGUGGGUCGGACCGGCUGCCUCAUCGUCAUCGAUGCCAUGCUGGAGCGCAUGAAGCACGAGAAGUCCGUGGACAUCUACGGUCACGUGACCUGCAUGCGUGCUCAGAGGAACUACAUGGUGCAGACGGAGGAUCAGUAUGUGUUUAUUCACGAAGCCCUGCUGGAGGCGGCCACCUGCGGAAACACGGAGGUACCGGCCCGAAACCUGUACGCCCACAUCCAAAAGCUCAGCCAGCCGCCGCCCGGAGAUACCGUCACCGCCAUGGAGCUGGAGUUCAAGAGACUGGCCAACUCCAAAGCCCACACCUCGCGCUUCAUCAGCGCCAACCUGCCCUGCAACAAGUUCAAGAACCGCCUGGUUAACAUCAUGCCUUUCGAGUCCUCGCGUGUGUGCCUGCAGCCCAUCCGGGGCGUGGAGGGGUCCGACUACAUCAACGCCAGCUGCAUCGACGGCUACAGGCAGCAGAAAGCCUACAUCGCCACCCAGGGCCCUCUAGCCGAGACCACCGAGGACUUCUGGAGGAUGCUGUGGGAGCACAACUCCACUAUUGUAGUGAUGCUAACCAAACUCAGAGAGAUGGGACGGGAGAAGUGCCAUCAGUACUGGCCUGCCGAGCGCUCUGCACGCUAUCAGUACUUCGUGGUGGAUCCCAUGGCUGAGUACAACAUGCCUCAGUACAUCCUGAGGGAGUUCAAAGUCACGGACGCCAGGGAUGGCCAGUCACGAACAAUCCGCCAGUUCCAGUUCACCGAUUGGCCGGAGCAAGGAGUGCCAAAGACUGGCGAGGGAUUCAUCGAUUUCAUUGGCCAAGUGCACAAAACCAAGGAGCAGUUUGGGCAGGAUGGACCAAUCACUGUGCACUGCAGUGCUGGUGUGGGCAGGACUGGAGUGUUCAUCACUCUCAGUAUCGUGCUGGAGAGGAUGAGAUACGAGGGAGUCGUGGAUCUGUUCCAGACAGUAAAGACGCUGCGCACACAGCGACCUGCCAUGGUGCAGACUGAGGACCAGUACCAGCUGUGCUACAGGGCAGCGCUGGAGUACCUGGGCAGUUUUGACCACUAUGCAACGUAACGUAACCACUCCUGGACUCGCAGCCCCCCUGGAACGAAGACUUCAGGAGUGCGGAAAACGCUCCUUCUGAGCCACCGUCCACCCAGCCCACCCCGAACACAGAGAGCGGCCAGAGGGGCUGAAAUACUCCCGCCGGCUGCUCAGCAGUCCAUUCUGACUGGCACAAAGAGAUUUGCUUUACGGAAAAUAAUCGUCGACAACUCUCCUCCAGAAGCGACAGCCUCUUUUCUUUUCUGAACGAAAUCUUCAGCUCACACCACCCUUCCACUCGGUCGAAGGCUACUGGUAGCAAAUUUCAUUUUUUAUCAAGUUAUCAUAUUAUUAUUAUUAUGGCAUCGAGUAUAUUGUUAUUUCUUUUAUUUAGAAUAUUUUUGAUUUUAAUAAUCAUUUAACAUCUUUUUGUCUUAACGGCCUCUAUGGGUCUAUAUUUUCCACAACUGGUACUGUUUUUUCUCUCUUUUUUCUUUUCUAUUUUCUUUUUUUAUAGGUUAUUUUAGCACAAGGGACAUGUAUUUUUAACACGUUCCUAGAUACUAAUACUGGAGAACCACUGUUCUCAGAGCUGCUGUCCGUUUUACUUUAUAACAUAAUUUUUUAUCAUUUCUCUAUGUUUCCUUUACAUGUAAUUGGUUUUAUUGGUUUAUUGGAGCGGGUUAAGCCUGUUAAUUUUACAACAAAGCCUUUUUUUUUUAUUUUUUAUUUUCUAGUUAGCGAAAUUUACUAAAUAAAUAACUCAGAGGAAGAUUUAGUGAUACUGAAAGAAAAGGAAAACCUACAUCGAUUAGCCGACAGUGAAAUCAGCUGUACAGAAAGGUCAUUUCAGAAGAAUCUCGACCUUUGGGGGGACGCUGGAAGCUGUACAGAAAUGACCACUCCCCCAAAAAAGAUAGAAAAAUCUGCUUAAUUUCCCCUCAACUGACCCGCUAUCCUUUUUUAUACUGAAAGAUAGAAAUAUAUAUACAUAAAUACGAAGAAUUCUAAAUACUAUGAUUCAUAUAGUACAUAUACAGCUUCAGAUAUAUUGUCAGUCAUUCUCUCGACAAAAGUAAUCAUGGACUUUCUUGACAUACCAACAUAGAGGACAAAAAAACUACGAGACUGCUGUCUGUGAAUCUGUAUUAAUGGUAUAAAGUUAUAUCUACUGUAUUAUCAUCACACCCCAGGGUUUAGGUGUUUUGGGGUGGGACAGCACAAGCUGAACGUUGACGGACUAACGGCAAAAAAAAGUUGAGAAAAAGUUCAUUUUUACCUUGUGAAUGAUUAGUGCUGUAGGGGUUCAAUCUGUUGUAAACACGGUCUGUUUUCUAUUUGUUAAUAAGAAAAACUGGAUCUGUUUGGGAGAAAAAACUUGAUGUUAAUAAAGUUGAAUAAUUGUUUUUGCUUUUCUUUUGUA